CCUUCACCACGGUCUUGCAUUUGUGAUCGGCAAAGGCGAUGUGACGGAACGCUGAUUAGGGGCAGCCGUAAUUUAGUUCUUCGUAUGGUUUUCAGUAGUUUUUAAUUUCUCUCAGUUUUGUGGUUAAAUUCGUCACGAAACGAAUCAUAAUUCAGUUAUUUUUGGUGGGACAGUGACAAACUAGCGGGACACUCUCGCACAACCAGUACAUCGAUCAAUUAAUUGAUUAUUGCCAAUAUUUCUUCGUGUGGAUUUGAAACAAUCAAAGGCGGACGCCGAACAGAGCUUAAACUUUCAGCAAUUUCUGUGUCUAUAGUCCGGAAACGAAUCCAGAAUGCCCAAGUCACCCAAACAACCUAAGCUGCCCAAGCCAGUUAGUUCGAAAGGCAGUAAAUUCCGGCUCACUGGUUCCGUCGAACAUGAACACGAGUUGGAACUCGUCGCCGUCGAUGACAAUACGCAGGAUACCGACGUCAUGGGUAUUUCGGAGGAGAACGCUGAACCGAAUCUGGUGCAGACCAGGGACGGACGAUUAAUUAUAGAAAUGAAAGUUAAUCGGACCUGCAACGUCUGCAAUAAGACGUUUGCUUCGGCGAAGAUGCUUGCAAAACAUCAACUUAUUUGUACCGAUAAGUUGGAAGAGUUUAGAAAUGUUUUGGAGAAGGAAAAAGUGGCGGCAAUGGUUGCUCAACCGGGUGAAGAGUUUUUCAAGUACUGCAAUCCUAAUCCGGAUAACCCAUGCUACUGCUGCGGGGAAGAUAUAUCUACAGCACAUGUUGGUCAUAUUAAGUGCAAAUUUUGUCCGAAGUCGUUUAAAGCUUACGAGUACAUGGAAAAACACUUAGCUUCAGUUCACGCAGAACAUGAGAAUUUUGCUUGUCCUCAAUGCAAUGCCAUGUGCGCAUCGCGGAAGGUGUUAGAGGAUCAUUUAAUGACUCAUAGCGAAGGAAAGCCGUUUUCAUGUUUGAAGUGUGGUAAGGAUUUUACCCGCAAGUACCACCUCGAUCGCCACUUGAAUCACUCAAGCUGUGGUGAGAUUCCGAAGCAGACACUGCCCUGCGAGGUGUGCGGUAGAGAAUUCACCAGGCUGGACAAUCUGCGGGAGCAUCUUCGCUUCCACAUGGGACAAGGAUCCCGCAAACGUGACUACCAAUGCCCGUACUGUCCCAAGUCGUUCUAUGGAUCAUCGUUGUUGAAUAUUCACAUUCGUACUCAUACCGGUGAGAAGCCCUUCCCUUGUGAUCUGUGCUCAAAGUCAUUUCCGUCAACUGGAGCUUUACGGAAGCAUCGCAGAUCACACACCGGCGAACGUCCGUAUCGUUGCGACGAGUGUCCAGCAACGUUUGCGGCACGAGAAACCUUGAACAGACAUCGUAAAACGCAUACCGGUGAGAAACCCCAUCAGUGUACAGUUUGCAGUAAACGAUUCAUCCAGGCAACGCAGCUUCGUGCUCACAUGUUCAAUCACACCGGAGAAAACGGUUUCAAGUGCGAUCAAUGCGGAAGCGAAUUCAAUCGAAAGGCCCGGUUGGACGAACACGUACGCUACGUUCACAACAAGGAGAAACAGUUGGAAUGUGAAAUUUGUAGUAAGGAGUUUGUGCGAAAGGAAGAUCUCAAUCGUCAUUUGGACUCACAUAAAUCGAUUAGAAACUUCAGUUGUCAGCAGUGUGAGAAAACUUUCGUGACCAAAACUGCUAUGAAACUUCACCAGAGGACACACAUUGUUGAAGAACCAUCAGUUUGUUCUAUUUGCAAUAAAAAAUUCAUUCGACAGGAUUGUGUGGCUAGACACAUGAGGAAAAAGCAUCGAAUGAUUGAUUCUCAAUCGUCGGAAAAUGCGAACUACAUCAUUCCCGAUGAAUCAACUCUUAUGGAAGUCGAUGAUGGCCAACCACAAAUCGAGAAAGAUCCCCAAGUUUUAGAAAUUGGUGGUGAAGUUUAUCAGAUUACACCCGUUGAAAAUGUUCAAAUCGUUAAAAUGAGUUCUAAGCUUACCAACGUGAAAUAUGAGCCAAACAGAGAAAUCGAGAUAGUAGACGUAGUCAAAAUCACUAAAUCACCUCAAUUGGAAUCCGAACCAGCUACCCUGCCCGUUAAAAAGAAGGAGGACAGCAAGCCUGAGAUAAAACGAAAACGCCCUGUGAAAGUUGCUAAAUCUGAAGAAUUGCUACUGCUUCCACUUUCAGAGGAAUCAGUCAAACCGGAACCUAUUGUUUCUAACAGAAAAUCUGGCAAGGAUCAUAAAAAGAAUAAACGAGCUUCUAAUACAGAUUGUCAAGACCUUCUGGUUCCACUUUCAGAAGAACCAAUCACACCAGAACCUGUUGUGGCUAGCAAAAAAGAACGAAAGAAGACCAAACGAGCCUCCGAUCAGUUUGAUUUCAAGUCCACCAAAAUUAAGAUAGAAGACCAGGAUGAUACCGUUCCAAUCUUUCUCAGCGAUGCAGUGUUGAAGGAUAAGAUCUCCGAGCUGCUCUGUCUACUGAUCGAAGAGGACACGUUGGUCGAAAUCGGUUGGCCAACGGCCCCGGUCGAGGAUGUGCUGAGUAGCGUGAUCCGGCGCUGUGGGCAUAAGCCAGCCCGCAAUGAGGAAGCCGGCGAUUCUACCACCCGAAUGCGAGAGAACACCAAGAUCCUAUUCGCGCUGACCAUGGACGACGCCAAUAUCAAAUCGUUGCUCAACAACCACACCGUCGACGAGGUGAUUAUGAAUGUGCUUAAAAAUAAGUGAGUGCAAAGUAUUGAAACGAUGAGGUUGUCAAAGCCACAAGUGCAAUUAGUUGAAGUACUUCCAAAAGUGGCCUAUGCCUAUAUGUAUACAUGUUACUCUUAUUAGACAUUUUAUUCAACACAUUUACAUUGGUGAAAGUAGUGAGGUCAAUAACCUGAGCUGACAAACAAGGGCAAAAUGAGUUAGAUAACAGUAAGACUAUUUUAAUACCAUUUAAUUUGUUAUAAAAUACAUUAUAAAAUUGUAUAAGAUUUAUUGAGAAUUUGAUUAAAGGAAAACAGUUAUUCCACUACAUUGCCUAUUGUCACAUUACCGUGGUAUGUUCCGUGUGCAAAUCGAACGCAAGUCUGCAACAUUUUGA